AUGUCUAAUAAAACUCCUAUACACAACCUCAUAGUCCCCGCAAAUGCCACUAAUCCAUCCUUACUUCAGAAUAAUCUUGGCGAUGAAUCCGCAGAUUUUCACAUUCGUCGAAAGCGUGUAAUUAAGCUAGAUAAAAAUGGAGAUGACGAAGGUCAACCAAUAUGGAUUGAAAACGCACGCUACAUUGUCAAUAUUCAAAGACAUAAUUUUAGUGUUUGUGCUGGUACUAUAUUAUCUGCUAUAUUUGUCUUAGUUCUUCGUUCUUGUGUUUAUCCGAUUCCAGUGUAUUCGGAAAGGUACGCUGCCUACACUAUCUUUUCUGGUUCAGAGUCAAGAAACAGCGGAUCUCGUCACACAAUCAGAAGAAGUAUAAGGGUCGAACCCAAUAAACAACUAGCCUUGAUAGAAGUUUCUCCACAUUUUUACUUUGAAGAAAGUCCUAAUAAGCCAAUAAGUCUCUUCCUAGGAGCUCUACCUCCUCCACCUCGCGUAGCGUAUGGUAUUUUUAGUGGCUGGGGUUGCACAAAGUCAGGAUCGGAAUGCCACAAACGUGUUUAUCCUACGGAGUUAAUGCAAGUCCGACUACCGAUAAUUCCGUUGGUAGAGUGUAUUGGUAUUUACGAGGGAUACGAAAGAAUUACAGAUCAAAAUAUUUGUACUCUUGAUGAAACCAAAAGAAGAGGUACUUGCUAUCGAGAUGAAGGCGGCCCCCUAGCGGUCCAGUUCCCUCCACUACAGGCGCCUCACCUGCUUGGAGUAUUGCUUUUUGGAGGAUACGAUUUAGGAGUAGAUCCGGAUGUUUUUAUUAACCUUAAUCAUUACGUGGUUAAUCAAUGGAUCACUCAUACGAUUAACCACCAUGUUGUGAACUAA